AUAAACGCUGACGUCUUCAUCGGCAUUUUCUGUUGCAAUUGUUGUUUUGAUAAACGAAAAAACAUGAAUUAAUCACAAUUGUUACACCAAUUAGCAUCAAUCUUGCAUUAGUAAAUUACUUUAAUUAAGCAUAAAGUGUAGGGGAAUUACAAUGUUGAUUCAUCGCCUAUUUGUGAUUCAGUUUUUAUUGGUGCUGUUGGCACUUGUUGCCGCUAAAACUAAAUUAUCCGCAGUGCAAGAGGACAUCGCAGACUACAAGGACUUUAAGAAACUGCUGCGAACCAAGAACAAUGUGCUGGCCCUUUAUGUGUCCAGCGCUAAAGCGGCUGCCGCCGAGCUGAAAGUGUUCCGGGAAGCGGCGGAGGCAAUUCGCGGCACGGGUACCAUGUUAUACGUGGACUGUGCCAACCAGGAGAAGAAGAAGCUCUGUAAAAAGCUAAAGGUAUCACCGGAACCGUACUCGCUGCGCCACUACAAGGAUGGUGACUAUCACAAGGACUAUGAUCGACAGUUGAGCGUUGGCUCCAUGGUCACGUUUAUGCGUGAUCCUUCAGGGGAUUUACCUUGGGAAGAGGAUCCGGCUGGCUCGGACGUAUGGCACUUCAAUGACGCCGCAGCAUUCAGCAAGCAUCUUCGCAAGGAUAUAAGGCCUAUGCUGGUCAUGUUCCAUGUGCCCUGGUGUGGCUUCUGCAAGCGCAUGAAGCCGGACUACAACAAAGCAGCAACGGAACUUAAGGCGCAGGGUGGAUACCUCCUUGCUGCCAUGAAUGUGGAGCGCCAGGAGAAUGCUCCCGUUCGUAAACUAUUUAAUAUAACUGGUUUUCCCACGUUAAUUUACUUUGAAAAUGGUAAAAUGCGUUUCACAUACGAGGGUGAGAAUACCAAGGAUGCACUGGUCGCCUUCAUGCUUAAUCCCAAUGUCAAGCCCACACCCAAGCCGAAGGAACCCGAUUGGUCGGCCGACACCAGCUCGGAAAUUGUGCACUUGACCACACAGGGAUUCGAGCCGGCAUUAAAUGAUGAAAAAUCCGUUCUGGUAAUGUUCUACGCUCCCUGGUGUGGUCAUUGCAAGCGUAUGAAACCGGAAUACGAAAAGGCCGCUCUCGAAAUGAAGCAAAACAAUGUGCCCGGAGUGCUCGCCGCCCUGGAUGCCACCAAGGAGCCGAGCAUUGGAGAGAAAUACAAGGUCAAGGGAUAUCCAACAGUUAAAUACUUUUCAAAUGGUGUCUACAAAUUUGAUGUGAAUGUACGCGAUGCAUCAAAGAUUGUGGAAUUUAUGCGGGAUCCCAAAGAGCCGCCACCACCGCCGCCGCCCGAGAAGAGCUGGGAGGAGGAGGCAGACAGCACUGAAGUGCUUUUUCUCAACGACGAGACAUUCGGCACCACACUCAAGCGUAAGAAACAUGCUCUGGUCAUGUUCUAUGCUCCAUGGUGUGGACACUGUAAGCACACGAAGCCGGAAUUUACAGCCGCUGCGAAUGCGUUGCAGGAUGAUCCUCGUAUUGUCUUCGUUGCCGUGGAUUGCACCAAAUAUGCAGCGCUGUGCGCCAAGUACAAUGUACGUGGCUAUCCCACCAUAUUGUACUUCUCCUACCUCAAGACCCAGCUGGAUUACAACGGCGGACGCACCAGCAAAGAUUUUAUUGCCUAUAUGAACAAUCCACCCAGCUCUUCUAAGGAACACACCGAGCUGUGAUCUGCCGGGUCAGUCCCUGAUAGAAUCUCGUAAUCUGUAUUAAUUUUGUAUUUACAUUUAACCAACUUGUCAACUGCCUCAUGCAAAUCUCAUUUGACUCACUAAAAACAAGACUUUAAUUGAAACUAAAAUUGCAUUUCUUUAAGCUUUUGCAAGGAUAUUUAAGCUUCGGUUUGCCGAAGACAAUUUCUUAAUAAAUCAUGUUUAUAUUGCAUUUAUA